AGGACCCCUCAAAUUUCAGGGUUGGGGACCCCCAGGACCCCCUAAAUUCCCUUUUUUUUGGGUCAGGACCCCCUAAAUUCCCAUUUUUGUGGUGACAUCACCCCAAACUUUCCAUUUUUGGGCGUCAGGACCCCUUAAAUUUUCCUUUAAUUUAGGGUCAGCACCCCCCAAGUUUUCCCAUUUUGGGGUCAGGACCUCCCAAAUUUUGGGGUUGUGGACUCCCAGGACCCCCAGGAUUUCCCUUUUUUUGGGUCAGGACCCCCCCAAAUUUCCCAUUUUUUUGGGUCAGACCCCCCUAAAUUUCCCAUUUUUUUGAGUCAGACCCCCCUAAAUUUCCCAUUUUUUGACUCAGACCCCCCUAAAUUUCCCAUUUUUUUGGGUCAGACCCCCCUAAAUUUCCCAUUUUUUUGAGUCAGACCCCCCUAAAUUCUCCAUUUUUUUGGGUCAGGACCCCCCUAAAUUUCCCAUUUUUGGUGCCAGGACCCCCAAAUUUUCCAUUUUUUGACUCAGACCCCCCCAAAUUUUCCAUUUUUUGACUCAGACCCCCCUAAAUUUCCCAUUUUUUUGAGUCAGACCCCCCUAAAUUCUCCAUUUUUUUGGGUCGGACCCCCCUAAAUUUCCCAUUUUUGGUGCCAGGACCCCCAAAUUUUCCAUUUUUUGACUCAGACCCCCCCCCAAAUUUUCCAUUUUUUGACUCAGACCCCCCCCCUCCCCCCCCCAAAUUUUCCAUUUUUUCGGGUCAGGACGCCCUGAAUUCCCAUUAUUUUUUUUUUUUUUUUUUAUUUUUUUGGGGGGGGUCGAGAUCCCCACUUUUAGGGGUCAAACUCUCCCAGCACCCCUCCCCAAAUUCCGGGGUCGGCCCCUCCCCCCACCAUGGCCGACCCCAUCAUGGACCUUUUUGACGACCCCAACCUUUUUGGGCUGGACCCCCUCCCCGAGGACCUGGUGGCCCCUCCCGCCCCUCCCCCCGCCGGCGCCGGCGACCCCCUGGCCGAAGCUUUGGGGCUCUCAGGUGUGCCUCACCUGUCCCCUCCCCCACCUCAGGACCCUCCCCCGACCCCCCCACCCAACCCUCCCCCCCAGCCCGCCCCUCCCCCGCCCGACCCGGAAGUGCUGAGUCAGGGAAAUCCUUUCAUGGGGGUCUCCGCCCCUCCCCCUCCUCCCCCUCCUCCCCCCAAAAUUGUCAUCCUCAAAGCCCCUCCCCCGCCCCACGGAGGCCCCGCCCCCGCCACGCCCAACGGAGGUAAAGUCACCUUGGCCAAAGUUUUGGGGGCUCCCCCCGCCCCUCCCCCCGCCACCCAAAUGAGGGCGGGGGGCGUGGCCCAGCCUGGGGGUGUGGUCCAGCCUGGGGGCGUGGCCAAAGGGGGCGUGGCCCAGGUGGGGCGGCAGGUGAAGCAGCUGCUGCUGCAGCCCCUGAAGGCAGGGGGGGGCAGCGCCGGGACCCCCCUGAAACCUGGACUGAGCCUGGCACCUGCACAGGGCGAGUCCAAGCGCAUCACCCUGGUGCUGCAGCAGCCGGCCGGCUCGGCCGCGGCGCCGGGCCAGCGCCACGUGGUGCUGGGCACGCUGCCGGGCAAGCUGCUGGUGCAGGGGGCCGGCUCGGGGGGCGGCGGCGCCGCCAAGGCCGCGCCCGGAGCUCCGGCCAAGGUGGUGACCAUCCAGCUGCAGGUGCAGCCGCCCGGAGCCCAGCCCGGCCCGCCCCAGAAGAUCCAGUUGGUCCAGCCCGGUGCGGCGGGGCCGGUGGGCGUGGCGCAGGUGCCUCAGGUGGUGGGAGGGGCCGGGCAGAGGCUGACGGUGCCGCUCAAGGUGGUGCUGCAGCCGCAGGCCGGCUCCUCGUCGGGCGCCUCCUCGGCCGGGCUCUCGGUGGUCAAGGUGCUGAGCGGCGCCGAGGCGAGCGCGGCGGCUCCGGCCGGGCGCGGGGCGUCGGACGAGAGCCGCAGGCUGGAGCACCAGAAGAAGCAGGAGAAGGCCAACAGGAUCGUGGCCGAGGCCAUCGCCCGCGCGCGAGCCCGCGGCGAGCAGAACAUCCCCCGCGUGCUCAACGAGGACGAGCUGCCCAGCGUGCGGCCCGAGGACGAGGGCGACCGCAAGCGGCGGCGCAAGGCGGCCGGAGGGGAGCGCGGCGGCGGCGGCGGCGGCAAGGAGGAGAGGACGAGGAGGGGCAAGGGACAGGGAGGGAAGAGCAAGGGGAGAGGCAAGGCCAGCACCAUCACCCCCGUGGUGGGCAAGAAGCGCAAGCGCAACGCCAGCUCGGACAACUCGGACUCGGAGGCGCUCCCGGCCCCGUCCCCGCGGCGCGACGACGACGGCGCCGGCGUCCAGAAGCGGCGGUCGAACCGACAGGUGAAGAGGAAGAAGUACACGGAGGACCUGGACAUCAAGAUCACGGACGACGAGGAGGAGGAGGAGCUGGACGUGACGGGGCCGGCACGGCCGGACGCCGGCCAGGGGCCGGAGGCGGGGGAGGGGAGGGGGCCGGAGCGGCCGCAGCCGGCCCCGGCCGAGCCGGACGGAGACGCGCUGCCCUCCGUGCAGUUCUUCGUGGAGAACCCGAGCGAGGAAGACGCGGCCAUCGUGGACAAAGUGCUGUCCAUGCGGGUGGUCAAGAAGGAGCUGCCCUCAGGACAGGUGGUGGAGUCCGAGGAGUUCUUCGUCAAGUACAAAAACUAG